AUGAACUCCCAGAGAACCUCCGAGCCCGGGACAAACCCUGCCUGGGAGGCGUUCCGGGCCAGUUGUAAACAACCACGUAAGCCCUCCAACUCUCAGCCUCCCGCAGAGUAGUGCAGAAUGACGCCACUGCAUGCAGGAUGUGAUGUCACUGAGAUGCACAGGACACUCAUUCAAUAAACAUUUACUAAGCAUCUACUUCGUGCCAGAUGCACUAAGCUAGUAGAUUUAUAA